AUGCCUCUUCUCAUCAAGACAAGAUUUCUCAUACUAUCUGAUACCCACGGGUUACAGUUCCAAGCAGACAGAAAACCUCACGAAUCAGCGGACGUGGUUAUUCACUGCGGCGACCUCACAGGCGAUUCCAAGUUGCAUGACUUCAAACAAACAAUCAAACUUCUCCAGGAAAUCGACGCACCCCUCAAGAUUGUCAUUGCUGGAAACCAUGACUUCACGCUUGAUGAUUCGGCCUUCAAACAAAAGAUUGCAGAAGCAAGCAGGCUGGCACAAGAGGAUCUGGAAGACAGCAUCAAGGCUGAAUAUGGCGACUACGGCGACGCUAGGCGGCUUUUGCAUGAGGCAAGAGACCAGGGAAUUGUAUUUCUGGAAGAGGGAUCUCACCAGUUUACACUCGACAGCGGCGCCCUACUGAGGGUAUAUGCAAGUCCGUAUACACCGACUACUGGCAACAGCAGCGAUUGGGGCUUCCAGUAUGGCGGAGCUCACGAGUUUACCAUCGAAAAGGGAACCGAUAUCGUUGUGACACACGGUCCGCCUCACGGCAUCAUGGACAUGACAACGGAGAGGAAGCGGAUUGGAUGCCCUCAACUCUUUGCUGCCGUUGCUAGAGGCCAACCCAAACUUCACUGUUUUGGACAUGUUCACAAUAGCUGGGGCGCAAAACUGGUUGCAUGGCGACCGACAAUAUCUGACAAGCCUUCACAUUUCAGCGAUCUCGACAACGGGAAGUCUGUGGUGAUCGAGAGCCUAUCUCGGUUGAAGGGAUCCAAGUUCGAGUCGGCAGAGGACAGAGAGACUCGGGAAGAUACAGUGGAGCGGUACAAGUCGCAACGAUGCUGUCACACGAGUCACUGCGACGGCGACGAUAGGCCCCUACGUUCAGGAGAGACCUUGUUUGUCAAUGCUGCGGUAAUGGGGGAUGACGAGCUCAACCAGUACCCGUGGCUGGUUGACGUUGAACUGGAGCCCUACCAAGGCAAGAGUUGA